UUGGAAGGAAGUUGAUCGUUGGUUUUAUCUAGUAUUGUGUAAAUAGUAAAGUGAAUUGUGAAAGUAAUUGUGAAAUCAAAGAUGAGUGAUUUUUUAAGUAAAGCUGAAAUGGAAAAGAUCCGAAUUGAAAUUCUUGAGGAACCUCAAGUAAUCACUAUUAAAGAAAAUAAGACUAUGCGUGGUGAAAAUUAUGCCCAAGUUCACGUGUCUGAUAGUGCACCACCUGUGGCCACAUCAAUGAAGCUUGGAGUAUUAGAAAUGAAGCAUGGCAAUAUCGAUAAAGAUUCAGCAAAAGACCUAAAGGAUCCUUCUGAUACUCAACGUGAGAUUGUAUAUUCGGCUCAGAUGUCUAAACCUUUCAUGAAUACCACCGAGGAGCACAAGUUUGCCAAAACUACUGGACGUUACGAACGCCGUGCGAAACUGGCUGAUAUAAUUUACAAUAAUUUUAAACAAAACGCUCAAUCUAAUGCAUUAAGUAGCACAGUCCCGGAUGGUGCUUCGCAGGAUAGCGAAACCAACUGUUAAUAAUUCAAUUUCAAUAUUUAUACAAUGUUUUACCAAUUAAAAAGAUGUAUAUAUGUGCGUAUA